UCUGGUCACACUAUUAAUACUUUUGACAGCUCUCUCACAUUUCGCCUAAUCACAUUUACUUUUUAUCCAAUUCCAAAUCGAGGGGAUUACUGAAGCCAGAAGACACAAAAUGCCGGACGCAGUGCAGCAGAGUUUUGUGCGGAGCUUCAUUGACUACCUGAAGAAGCAGGUGGACGCGAUGUCGCCUGACCAGAGCGAGAGCAUCGAGGUUGCGAUUCAGUGUCUGCAGGCGGCCUUUGACGUGGGUGAUGAUGUGGACGAUGCGGCGCAGGACGCCGCCGCUGGCCAGGAUCAGGCCACAACACAGAGCAGCACUUCGAGUGCCCCCGGCGGAGAGCCGGCGGCUAGCGGUAGCGCCAGUCUGGCACCGAAAAACAUCGACAUGUUUGAGCUCUUCCAAUCGCUGUACAUUGAACGCAACCCGGAAUCCCUGGCUUUAGCUGAUUCCAUAAAGAACGAAGGCAAUCGGCUGAUGAAGGAAUGCAAGUACAACGAGGCUCUGCUGCAGUACAACCGGGCCAUCGCCUUUGAUCCGAAGAACCCCAUCUUCUACUGCAAUCGUGCGGCGGCCCACAUCCGGCUGGGCGACAAUGAGCGCGCCGUCACCGAUUGCAAGUCCGCCCUGGUGUACAAUAACAACUACAGCAAGGCGUACUGCCGCCUGGGAGUGGCGUACUCGAACAUGGGCAAGUUCGCCGAGGCGGAGCAGGCCUACACCAAGGCUAUCGAGCUGGAGCCGGAGAACGCAGAUUACAGGAACAACCUAGAGGUGGCCAGGAACGCCAGGAAUCAGCCGCCGCAGUUGUCGCAUGUGGCUGACAGCGUGAACGCCAUGCUGGCCCAUCCGACGGUUAGGAACCUGUUCGACAGGGCCGAGUUCGAUCUUCAGCAACUGCAGUCGAUGACCCAGAAUCCCAUGGUGAUGAACACGAUUGGCCAGCUGUUGGCCAACAUGGGUCAGACGAUUCCCGGCGCCGGUGGAGCUGCUCCUGGUGCUCCCGGAGCUCCUGGCAGUGCUCCGCCACAGGCUCCACCCUUGCCGAAUGACAUGCUGCAGAUGUUGCAAAGCUUCGCCAGCCAACUGGUCGGCCCACAGCCAGGCGGUGGACAGAACCCGAAUGGUAAUCCCGGCAAUGGGCAACAGCCAGGCAAUCAGCCGCCGCCAAGCAUCUAGUAGGUGAACAAUCCCAGCCAGGAGCGGCGAAAACACAUACACACAGAUUAAGUUUUAAGCUGAAACUAUAAUUACUGUAUUUUUAAAGUUUAAAAGGCUUCUAUAACGCAUAUACAUAUAUAUUUUUAAUAAUGGUAAUAAAUAUAUCCAUAAAAAACGCUGCGUGGCCUUGCAAGUGCAA